AUGGAAAAGAUUAGCAGUUUGAAACACUUAUUUGUGACAGUGUUCCUCUCAAAUUUUGCUUUUUAUGUGGUGAUUCCAGCAAUUACUGAUAUCACUAUGGAUGCAAUUUGUCCUUCUCAAGACAAGUGCUCUCUUGCUAUUUAUCUUUCUGGUUUCCAACAAGCUAUUACGGGAUUGGGAUCAAUGUUGCUGAUGCCCCUAAUUGGAAAUCUAUCUGAUGUAUAUGGAAGGAAAGCUUUGCUCACAAUUCCCGUCGCACUCUUGAUUUUUCCUUCAGUAAUAAUGGCGUACAGGAGGACAACAAACUAUUUUUAUGCUUACUAUGUGAUAAGGACCUUGACUGGCAUGAUCAGUGAUACUGGCAUUCAAUGCAUUCCCAUUGCUUAUGCGGCUGAUUGCAUGUCAGAGGAGAAUCGCGCUUCUGCUAUCGCAACUGUGGCGGGUGUAGGCUCUGCUGCAUUUUUAUGCUCUACCUUUGUUGUUCGUUUCCUCUCGACUGAACAAAUAUUUCUGGUAUCAUCAAUUUCUUCAUCAGCCGCGGUAUUAUACAUGACAAUAUUCCUAAAGGACACAACUCGUCACAUUAAUAAGAUCAACUACGAUGCUCUGAAUCAACCCAUAUUAGCCAACGACGAUGAUAAAUCUGAAAGUGACUCAUCCGAGGGAACGCCCAGUCCUAUAAAUAUUCCAUCAUUUUACCAUAUUAUUAGCUUGCUCAAGAGUAGUACCACACUUUUAUUGGCAACAUUUAUUUUAUUCUUAUAUGGUCUUGGUGAGGGUGGAAUACAAACUUCCCUUCUGUACUUCUUAAGGGCUCGAUUUCAAUACAACAAAGACAAUUUUUCUGUUCUAAUGCUUAUUUGCUACGGCGGGACAACAUUUUCUCAAUUAAUCGUAUUGCCUAAGUUGGCUCAUAUAGUCAGAGAAGAGACAAUACUUUCCUUGGCACUCAUAGCUGGUUUUAGCAAUAUGCUAAUAGAUAGCAUUGCAUGGGCAGCUUGGGUUCCUUAUGUAGGUGCUUUGUUUCCUAUGUUUCUCUUCCUAGCAAAACCAGCUUUACAAACCAUUGUUUCAAAACAAGUUGCGCCAAACGAGCAGAUCUUUUCUUAUCUGAGAGAGCUCCAUUUGAUUAUCCUGGUUUUAGUAUAUUUUGCAGCGGCCUUGCUUGGGUAA